AUGGCUUCCAGCAGCACCCCCGGCGGCCCACUCCCACGAGCACCCCGACGAAGGAGGCUCGUGUUGACGGCAUGCCAGAAGGGGGCCCUGCAGGCAUUCUUCCAGGAGAACCCUUACCCCGGCAUCACUGCCAGAGAACACCUGGCCCGAGAGCUGGCCAUCUCCGAGUCUAGAAUCCAGGUCUGGGUCCAAAACCAGAGAACGAGACGGCUAAGGCAGAGCAGCAGGCGGGCUGUUCCUGGGCCAGGAAGUCGUGUCCCGAAGGAAGGCAGGAGAAAACGGACAUCCAUUUCUGCAUCCCAAACCAGUAUCCUCCUUCAAGCCUUUGAGGAGGAGCGGUUUCCUGGCAUUGGUAUGAGGGAAAGCCUGGCCAGAAAAACAGGCAUUCCAGAAGCCAGAAUUCAGGUUUGGUUUCAGAACAGAAGAGCUCGGCACCCAGGGCAGAGCCCAAGGCCAUGUGUCCCGCUGCCCCCACAACACCAGCUGUGUGCGGACACCUCCAGUUUCCUACAAGAGCUUUUCUCAGCCGAUGAGAUGGAAGAAGAUGUACACCCCUUGUGGGUGGGGCCUCUGCAGGAGGACGAACCUCCAGGACCCCUGGAAGCACCCCUCAGCGAGGACGAUUUUCACGCUCUGCUGGAAAUGCUACAGGACUCCUUGUGGCCUCAGGCCUAG